AGGAAGCACAAAUGACAUAAUACAAACAGGAUGGGGUGUGGCGACUCUAAAACUGCAACAGUUCAUGUCUUAUCUGAAGACACAAAAUUGGGAUCCGAGGGUUCUAGUGAAGAGUUUGGAGGGUCAGAUGAGGAGAUGUUUAUACAGAGGAGAACCUGGGGCUCACCAGCCCCUCCCCUGCCGGACAUUGCCGGAUCAAGAGGUAAUGUCCCCCCUCUAGCUGACAUUCCUAACGAUUCUCUUCCAGCUGAUGUUUUCCCAACUGAUUUACCACGUUAUAAACCGCUCCCAGACAAACGAAGCCGCCGAUCUGAAAGCAUGGAAAUUAUUCACAAAAACAAGGGUGGGGCAGCGUUUGUGAUCCAAGAAGAAGCAGCCAGAAUAAACAAUCCUCCCAGACGAUUACAGAAACUGAGUGGAGCCAAGACGAUGACUUUGGAGGAUUUGACUAGGAAACAGCGGGAACAUGAAAGAAACAGGGAAAAGAGACUUCAAGAAAAGAAAGAGAACUUGUCCCGGCAGCACAGUAAAAAGAAGAACAAGGCUAGCCUCGAGUUUGAAAAUGCUCAGCAAGUUUUUGUGAAGAGCGAAACAAGAUUAAAUAGAGUUUCGAAAAACCGAGAAGGUUUUGUUCAUGAAAGAGUAAUGAGAGUAAGGGAACACAACAAGAAAGUUGUGGACAGAAAAAGGCUUCUUCAGUCACUCAGUGUGCGAGACGAGGAGUUGAAUAUGAGUGGUAAAAUAGAACACGAUAUGGAAUACAAUAAAAGUGAAAGUGAGUCCUGGGCUGAUAAUGACAGUAUUAAGAACAUCUACGAUCAGAUGGAUUACAUUACUCCAGCAUCCGGUGCAUCAGCCGUCAAUCACAACAAUAACAUGAACAACGCUAGUGACGAUGAGUUCUUCUCAUAAACCCUGAAAUGUAUUGACAUUACAAUUCUCGUUAUUAUCUACGAAAGCCUGAACAGGGCCCUGCAUGCAGCUUUAAGCUAAGUCAUAAGUUUCCCUUUUUUUGUAUUUCUCCAGAUUUCUAAAAAUAAUUUAAAUUUAAAUUCGUAUUUUUUUUGUAAAAAUUUGCUAAGCUAAUUGUACAGAUUAUAUGCCAACAAUGCAAUGUUAAUUGAUUAGAACUAUAUAGAGUAUAGAGUUGUUAAAUUCAGAUAAAGACUCAGAAUUAUGACCGGGAAUGAAUGAUGAAGGGCUAUUGCAUAUUGUAAACUUUUUGUAAUUAAUGAGGUUAUUAAUAUUUACGUUAAAUAAGUGUUACUGUUCAGUGCGGUUCGUAGUUUCAACAGAUAAAAACGUAUCUUUGGUUAAAAAGUUUCAUGGUUGCGACAUGUUCAUAUUACAUAGUGUUUGGUUUCACUUAAUCUGUAAUGUUGGGAAUAUUCUAUCAAGUUAUGAUCAAUUGCCCAACAAUAAAAAUGACUAUUGAUUAAAAGUCUUGGAUAAUUAAUUAACUUAUUAUACUGACUAGUGAUUAGUUAUGCUAAUAUGUAUAUACUAUUGAUUUUCUAAUAUCAA